AUGAAAUCCAUUGUUUUGGUAGCCCUUUUCGCUGCAGUCGUGGUAGCUGCCCCUCAAGCACCCACUGAACCAAUCCCAAUCCUUCGCCAAGACAGUGAAGUAAAUGGAGACGGUUCAUACCAGUACUCCUUUGAAACUGGAAACGGAAUUAGCGCCGACCAGAAGGGAGACUUGAAAAAGGUUGGAGAUGUUGAAGCUUUGGAGGUUCAAGGCCAAUUCCAGUAUCCAAGUGAAGAUGGCAGCAACAUCCAGCUUUCAUACAUAGCUGAUGAGAACGGCUACCAGCCACAAGGCGCUCAUUUGCCCACAUCGCCACCAAUCCCUGAAGCUAUCCAACGUGCCUUGGCUUACCUCGCCACCGCUCCUCCCCAGCCUGAGAACGCUCAAUAG